ACAACAAACUAUCUGCGUACAAAUAGUUCAGUUUUCGUUUUUGGCGCUAUGGCGCCGGCCAAAAGGAUAUUACCCAAAAGCGCCAAUACUGAGCGUGGCACCCCCGCAUCUGUGGCAAGUGGCAAGUGUCCGUCAGCUGCUGGACGCGUCUACCACUGUCGCAGCUGCCUGGUGAGCUUUCCACGAUUCGUGGCGUGCAAGGCGCACGAGCAGCUGUGCGUGGCCCGAAUUGCCCGGCUGUUCAUGUGCAACUACUGCCUCACCAUGUACGGCGAUGAGCAGCUGCGUCAGCGGCACAUACAACGAAAACACGCCGACGGCCGCUUCAUGUGCCUGCAGUGUGGCACAGCCGGCAAACGCUACAGCUCCUCCAUAUUCCUGUACAGGCAUGUGGUCUCGUGGCACGGCGAACAAUCGCUCUUCUACUGUGCCCUGUGUGCCACGAGCUGCAACGACGCGCGUGCGUUUAGCUGCAUGGACGGACUGAUGGGACAUGCGGAGAGCGAGCAUGGUCUGUGCCUGGUUGGCGAUGGCCAGAGCGUUGUGGACGAAACGGAGGAUUUGGAAAUGCUUGAGGAGAAUAUCGACGAGCUGUUGCCGACGGUUGACUGCGGCGAUGAUCUGACAUUUGGGUGGCCCAUGGACCUCGACAAGGAGUCGUGCAUCUACGAUCCGCAGCUCAAGCCCAGUGCGUAUGUUUGUCCAAUUUGCGCCAAUGGGUUCACCGGCAGCAUCUGUCUGCUGAAGCAUGUGGAGCUGGCGCAUCAUCGCAAUCCGCUCGACUGCAUCUUCUGUGGCAAGGCGCACCAGAGUCGCGAGGCAAUCCGUGCCCAUCUGCAGCGACAGCAUGUCCUGUUGCGCGCCCACAUCUGUGAGGUGUGCCAGGCAGACUUCACCACCGCCGAUCAUCUGGCGAAGCACACGAAAAGCCGGCAUCUGGAGCAUGCCCACAUCUGUCCCGAGUGCGGCAAAUCCUUUGCCCAACUCGGCCAUCUAUCGGCGCACCUGGUCACCGAAAAGGGCCACAUGACGUACACCUGCCAUCCAUGCAACAUGCAAUUCUUUCGCUACAUCGAUCUCACCCGCCACAAUCAACGGAAGCACUCCACAAACUCUUAAAUCAAACAUCCAUUUUAUUUUAUUCAAUUUUUUUAGAUGUUUUCAAACUACUUUUAAAUCGUUGUAAGGAAAACAUUAAAUUGGUAAUAUUAAAGCAA